AUCAGGGCUGGGCAGCUGAACAGCGCUUACCUGGAGCCACUGGGACGCUGGGCACAAUGCUCUUGCCAUCUAAGAAGGACCUCAAGACUGCCCUGGAUGUCUUUGCUGUUUUCCAGUGGUCCUUCAGUGCCUUGCUUAUCACAACCACUGUGAUUGCUGUCAACCUCUACCUGGUGGUGUUCACACCAUACUGGCCUGUCACUGUGUUUAUUCUUACCUGGCUGGCUUUUGACUGGAAGACCCCUCAGCGAGGUGGCCGCCGGUUUACCUGUGUGAGGCACUGGCGCCUGUGGAAACACUACAGCGAUUAUUUCCCUCUCAAGCUUCUGAAGACUCAUGACAUCUGCCCCAGCCGCAACUACAUCCUCGUCUGCCACCCUCAUGGGCUCUUUGCCCAUGGAUGGUUUGGCCACUUUGCCACAGAGGCCUCAGGCUUCUCCAAGAUAUUUCCUGGCAUCACCCCUUACAUACUCACACUGGGAGCCUUUUUCUGGAUGCCUUUCCUCAGAGAAUAUAUAAUGUCUACAGGGGCCUGCUCUGUGAGUCGAUCCUCCUUUGACUUUCUGCUGACUCAUAAAGGCACAGGCAACAUGGUCAUUGUGGUGACUGGUGGACUGGCUGAGUGCAGAUACAGCCUGCCAGGCUCUUCUACCCUGGUGUUGAAGAACCGGUCUGGCUUUGUGCGCGUGGCCCUUCAGCAUGGGGUGCCUCUAAUACCUGCCUAUGCCUUUGGGGAGACGGACCUCUAUGAUCAGCACAUUUUCACUCCUGGUGGCUUUGUCAACCGCUUCCAGAAGUGGUUCCAGAGCAUGGUACACAUCUACCCUUGUGCUUUCUAUGGACGUGGCUUCACCAAGAACUCCUGGGGCCUUCUGCCCUAUAGUCGGCCUGUAACCACCAUCGUCGGGGAGCCUCUACCAAUGCCCAAGAUUGAGAAUCCAAGCCAGGAGAUCGUGGCUAAAUAUCACACACUCUAUAUUGAUGCCCUACGUAAACUGUUUGACCAGCAUAAGACCAAGUUUGGUAUCUCAGAGACCCAGGAGCUGGAGAUAAUUUGACAGACAUCCCCAGUAGCCUUCACCCUGGCUGGAAGCUCUUUUCUGCCCUUUCUUUGCAGCUACUGGUGAGAUAGUCCCAAGAAACAGGGAAGAGCCUAGGGGAGAGGUGCCCUGACGGCACUUUGGUGCCAGCAUUGAGGAAAACAAUGGACAAAAUAAAAAGCCCAUCUUCUGAUAACUGCGUGUGCACCAACCACUCUGUUUUGAAGGCUCUGGGAUGCAUGUCUCUCCUUCUCUAGCUGUCAAACAGCCCCAUCUCCCGGCAUUGAGCCCCAUCUUCUGGCAUUGAGUCCUGCUUCCUACAGGAGUAGGACUGGGGCCUUGAGAGCCAGUGGGCUUUGAGUUUAAGCUCCACCAACUUCAAGCCAUGUGACUUUGGGGCAAUCAGUCACCUCUGAGCCUCCUUUCUUCAUCUAUAAAAUGAGACUAACAAUCUGUCUCUUGCUUACCUCAAAGGCUGUUGGGAAGAUCAAACAAUAUUGGAUGUGAUUGAACUUUAUAAACUGGAGAGCUACACCAACCAUUUUCUUCUCCAACCAUUUUACCCAUUUCCUGUCCCUGAGCAAACAACGCCUGAAAUACCCUCUGCUACCCACUAGCCCUCACUCAGUUUCCGCCUCACAAAGCUGUAACAGAAUGGGUUGGGCUCAGGCCUAAUUUUCUCUAUCAUUCCCUCAGCAACUUGCCUAUACUUGUGUGGCCCUAUAAUUCUGGCCUUUGUUUGAGAGUCAGCCAGCCUGCUCAGGAUGAAAAUGAGGCGCCUGGCUUUUAGCAGCCAUAAAGAACUCUCCUUCUGAAUGGCAAGUCUCUCAGACUCUUGGUCUAAUGGCUGUUGCAAUGACAGGCUACAAAAUUUGGCUCACAUCCCUCUCAUUCCAUCCCUCUUGGGUGGGUGCCGUUUGGUCCAGUGAUUUACCUGCAUUACGUUCGUCAAUUUGGUCUACAACAUCCUGCGUGUUUACUGCAGUGUGAGCUGCUGCCUCUAUCCUGGGUGCCUGCCUCAUGUGAUGAUUUGUAUACAGUGGCCAAAGACAUGCUUCUGCUUUUCUGCUGUCUUUGUUACUUCUUGUGCCAGAGAUUACGUUUUCCCUGAGCUUCCAUAAAGUGUUUUUAAACAGUC